AUGAAUGAGAUCGUCGUUCCUAUUAGUGUACAAAACAUUCUAGAUGCAACUAUUUUAAGAUUAAAUUUAUGGUCUGUGAAGAUUUUACGCAAUGGAGCUGUUGUUGAAGGAUUCCAAAUGAACGAGACAGGCACAAUGAUGAUCAAAGUGACCUCGGAAAUCAUUUUGCGACGAAUGACGAAUAAUAUGGUGGUCGAUGUUUCAGGAAAAUUUUUUGAACUUAUUGGGCAAAUUGAUAGAAAUUUUCAAACAAAGAAUGGAAUGCCAAAAGAAAUUAUUGACGAAUUUAUCAAUGGAUUUCCCAAUAAUUGGGAAAAUCUUUUAAUGAAAUGUCCACGCCCUCAACACGAGGCUACUGUUCAAACAGUUUAUCAAGGAAAUAAUUCUGUACAAAGAGUUCGUCAAGAAAGCGACAAACCGUUUGUAACGAUGCCCGAGGAUGUUUCCGAUGUGCGAGAAAAGGAUAGUCGAAAUAAUACCGAACGUGAAGAUCAUGAAGCUUCAUCUUCGAUUAGUAAGCGGCAAUCGGAUAACAGGCAAGAUGAUGAGGACGAGGGCAGAAAUUGCAUGAAACAACGAGAUCCCGACUGUACUUUGAGGGCACCGGAAGCUAUUAUGGGUGCUGUCACUCCCGUUGCAUGGUCUCGAAAUAAAAAAGAAGACACACACGUUCGACAGCUGCAUGUUUUUGAUUCAACCCCAAUACGGAGUACACCCAAAAAUCGUGAACCAAUACGUGUUUCUGAGUUUGCGAUACCCGAUUUGCCGCAAAGACGGGUCCCAUCACCAUUGGCGCCGCGGGAAGAGCGAAGAUUCGAUUCCGACGAUGUUGUCGAUGAAUUGGGAGAAUUUUUCGGAAAAUUGGAAAAGACCCCAAAAAUUGCAACAAGACGUCUACCGGACAUGCGCGAAAAAUCUCCCGAAUAUUUUAAUCGAAGACGAAACGAAACGAGGCAUUCAAGAGAUGAAUAUGAUUAUGAUGAUUAUAGAGGAUAUAUGAAGAAGAGACCGCGCUACGAAAAUAGGUAUGAAGAAGACGAGAAUACGAGAUAUCGAGUGAACUCAUCAAGAGCUUCUAGUCGAUAUUAUGACGAUUAUAAUGAUAGAAGAAAGCCUUUUGAUUAUCACCGGCACUCGGAUUAUUCCAGAAGUUCUGCUUAUUCGAGUAGAUAUGAACCGGAUGAUUUCGAUAGGAGAAGUCGCUACACUUCGCGAUACGAAUAUGAUCAAGUAGAGGAGAAUCGUCGAAGACAACGACAAAUCGAAGAGAAACUUCGACGAAAGGAUAAAACUUUCGCGCACGAAAAAUCGAUGAAUCGAACUUACAAGUCGAGAAAAUCGGCACGAUCGAGAUCUGAUUCGGAGUCAGAUGACGAAGACGACGUAGAACGAGAAUUGGCGAAGAAAUGGGCGCAAGAAAAUGAAAUGAAUGAUUCGAUUGAUGAAAGAGUUGAAAGACGGCCAAAACGGGCGAAGCGUGAACCUGAGGUCGCGAAAAAGACGAAACCCGCAAAGAAAUCGGCGAAGAAGCGAGAAGAAACACCGGAACUCAAUGAGAGUUUGGCUAAGAAUCGGCCGAAACGAUCAACUGCGACACCUUUAUCGGCGUAUGCUCCACCAAAGGUGAUCAAAUGGGCAAAAAGAGAAGUGGAUAAGCUGAAACGAAUUCUUGAAAUGAAGAAGCCUUCUGGUAGUGAUGAGGACUGGAAUGAAGUUCUUCGGCUUUUGGGAAAAGACGGAAUUUCGAUCGAAGAGGCCAAAAAGUGUGCGACGAAUCGGCUGAAAUGGAAAGAGCCCGAACGAGAUGAAAAAGAAGAAAAGAAACGCAUCGAAGAGGAAAAAUUGGAAGAGGAAAAACGUCGGCGAGGUGUAGCGGCGGCGGUUAAAGAAAGUGUGAGAAUGCGAGAUGAAAUGAUGGAAGGCGAAUUACGAAAAGACCUUCUGACUGGAUCUGUUGAGGCGUUCGAUGACAUCGAUGCCGGCGACAUCUCUGCAGAUGAGUCGUUGCUCGGCGCUGGCACACCGCUUCGGAUGAUAGAAGAGAAGAGAGGAAAAGGUGGAAAACGCAGAACAUUGGUUCCAGAACCUGUUGAGGAUUCGCCGCUUUGUGUCUCACGACGAUCAUCAGCUUCAAAAUCUCCGAGAAAUGAUGCGGCCGCAAUGAAGGAAUUGGAAACGACAAUACGAUAUGUUCAGAAUUUGACAACGAUGAGUGGGCGGCCUUCUUCUAGGGCCAACAAAUCAUAUCUUAACGAUACACGAAACAAAUCGAGGACGAAGAAGGCGGAUAUUUCGAUUGACCAGGGAGCUGAAAAAGUGAUGAAAAUGCUUCGGAAAGCAAGAAGAAAUGAGGAUAGCGACGAAGACAUGGAUAUCAUUCCCGAAGAAGACGAAGAAGAUGAAGAGAAUGAUAUUUUGCUCGCUGGAUACUAA